UUUUGCACGUUGAUAAAACUCAAAAAAAAAAAAUGAAAUUGUGAAAAUGUAUAUUGUUUAAGUUUCAAAUGCAAGAUUGAUUAUGGUAAAAUUCACAGAUACAAAUCGGAAAGACGGAAGAUGUACCUCUGUCCUUCGGAUUUAUCAAUUUGAUAUGGUUGCGUAAUAAAAUCCUUCCGCUCAAGUAGUGAUAUAUAUAGGAGUAAUAAGCUCUGCAACAAAUAAUUUUACACAUCACAGUGCAGAAUAUAAAAAUACAUACGUACUACAUAGUGCAGCUUGAAAUUUAUAUCUGCCUUAGAUUGCUUUCUGACAAUGAGACGGUUUAUUCUUUUCGCCUUUAUUGGCGUACUUUUAAUGAAGAAUGCAAUGCCGUUUGAAAACCAAGGAUAUCCUUCACAUCUGGCAUGGUUAUUUGACUCAAACAAUAAAUUAACUGAAAAUAAAGAAAACAAUGAGAGUGAACAUAAGGAAGAAAACAAGCCUAUCGUAUGUCAAACUCAAGAGUGCGAAAAAUUUGCACAAAUAUUAUCGGGGAGCAUAGACAAAUCUGCGGAUCCGUGCGACGACUUCUAUGAAUACGCGUGUGGAAAAUGGCCGGAGCAUAAUCCCAUUCCGGAAGGAAUGGAUUCAUGGAAUAUGAUGCAUAGAGCGCAAGUAAAUGUUGCGAAACAAAUAAAAGAAAUCUUCGACGAGGGUCCAAAGGAUGACGAUCUUUAUGCAAUAAAACUCGCAAAAAGAUGGUAUGCAGCUUGCAUGGAUACAGAUACAGCGGAGAGGCAAGGUCUCCAGCCUAUUAUUAACACUAUAUCCCGAAUAGGUGGAUGGCCAAUGAUAAUGGAACCGGAGGAAUGGAACGAGGAGGAGUACAGCUGGCAAAAAGUGGAUGAUCAAUAUAUGCAUUUAACAGGUAGCAAUGCUUUCCACGAGGUGGAGGUAUGGAACUUUGCUUCGGAAACACCUCAAAAAAUGAUAUUUAUACGCAUUCCAGAGUUACUUUUGAAAUCAUACUUUAACUGGAUUAAUUUCAACGAUAGCAAAGAAGCAUAUGACGAAAGCGACGAGCAGGAAGAUAGUCAAGAACUUGGAAGCAAAGACAAAAGUGAUAAUAACAAUAACGAUGACGAUGAUAAUAAUAAUCAUGAUAAAGAUAAUAACGACAAUGAAGAUGACGAUAAUGAUGGUGAUACAAACGAACAAUCUAAUGAUGAAAACACAAAGAAAGAGGUUAGUAUGAAAAAGAUCGGUAAGUUGGUGAAAAAUACAAAUGUGAAGCAUAGCAGAAAAAUGAAGAGUAUCAUUUAUUCCACGAAACAUGAAAAUUAUAAGACAAAAAAAGAAAAGGUAAAAAGACGAGUAAUACCAACAAAUGUUAGAGAAAAAUUACUCUCGCCAAAAAACGAAAAAAAUCACAUGAAGCAAGCACGUAGGGAGAGACUGCAGAAAAUUUUAGAGGCGACAACACCACAAAUUAGCACAGAAAAUAUAACUGACAUAGAUAACUUUAGAAAGCAGUAUGCUGAUUACAUCUCAAAAGUAGCACGCGCCACAGCGAAAGCAAGAGGCGUCGAGAUUACGGAAAAACAUAUGAAUAAAGAUAUUCAAGACAUGAUCGAUUUCCAAAUAAAGCUAUUUCAUAUUCUGGGCAACAGGAGACAUAAAACAAUGAAGCUCACUGAUCUCCAAGAAUGGUAUGAUAAAAAAAAUCCUAAAACUGCUAAUAGCAAAAUUAACUGGCUACACAAAAUUGGGGAAAUAUUUGAUGAGGCCCAUGUAGACAUAGAUGUCAAUUCAAAUCUAACUAUUUAUUCAAAUUAUGUCGCAAAUCUUGUCACUUUGUUAGACGAGACGUCAAGUAGAACAAUCGUGAACUACAUACAUUGGAAUUUUUUGAGCAACAUAAUAAAAACUACUACAAGUGAAAUGAAAAAAUUAUACUACGAAUGGGAAAAGAAACAGAAAAAUGAUAAUGCACAAAUUUUUGGAAUGCCAAAGAGAUUGUUUGCAGAAUGCUUACAGAAAAAAGAGAUGAGAGAUAUUGCAGCAUACGAAUACGUGAAAAAUCAUUUUUCUGAUGAAAUCACGACAAUAGCAUCAGACAUGUUAGAUGAUAUACAAAAGGAAGUCGAAGAUGAAAUUAAAAAGACGGAUUGGUUGAAUGAUGAUACUAAGGAUAUUAUUUUAGCGAAGUUAAUAAAUAUGAAGAAAUUUAUUGGAUAUCCAGAUUGGUAUAAAAAUAACACUAUUGUUAAAAAAUAUUUUCAAGGACUCACGGUCAUUAAUUCGUAUUAUGAAAAUACACUCAGUUUUAAUAGAUACAGCAAGUGGAAAUCAUUGCGACAGAUGCCAAAUGAAAAUGAUGUAUUAAUGAUAAGUCCUAUAUUAGUAAAUGCUGUUUUUGACGACUUCUUAGAUGCUCUAGGUCUCUCGGCAGCGGAUUUCCAGAGCCCAUUGUUUGCUUAUGAUAGACCACAAGUUAUUAAUUAUGGCGUUAUUGGAGUAAUAAUGGCUCAUGAAGUUAAUCAUGGAUUCGAUAACUAUGGAUAUACUUAUAAUAAGAAAGGAAAAUUGAUAAACUUAUCAUCUGCAGUAACUGAAGAACACGACAAAAGAACAGAAUGUUUUGUAGAACAAUUUAAUAAUUAUUCCAUUUCAAAGGAGUCAAAUUACAAAAUAAACGACUAUGGAAAGAAGACGAUAGGGGAUAAUAUCGCUGACACAAUGGGAUUAGAGGCUGCGUUUAGAGCAUAUAAAAGGAGAGAAAGGGAAUGCGAAAAAAUGGACACUGUAUUGCCGGGCCAUGAAGAUAUUACUAAUGAUCAACUUUUCUUCUUAUCCUUUGCUAAUAUUUUCUGUGAAGAUAUAACAAAUAGAACCCUAGAAGAGGCCAAAUCAGAUAUGCAUAGCAUCGGAAGACUGAGAGUGAUAGGGUCUGUUUCAAAUUCGCGAGACUUUGCCAAAGCUUACAAUUGUCCGGUCGGCAGUGCGAUGAAUCCCGAAAAGAAAUGUCAUGUCUGGAAGUGACUUUUUUACACAUAACUUACAAAAUAAGUUUGCCAAUGCUUAACAAAAAUGGAAAACGAUUAACAAAACUUACCUUAUUACAUAUAUCGAUAAAUAAAGGGAAGCAUACGAUAUAAAACAA